AACAAGUGGCGCAAAGCCGCGGGCUUAUAUAAACCGUCAACAAGAAAUUCGUAUUCACAGAGCGGUGCUCCUCGCCCUCCAAGGAACAACCUUGUGUCUCAACCUGACCGGCAUUCGUUACACCCCGCGUUAUUACCCGUUAAUCGUAAGAUUUAAAAGAAUCGUCGAGGAUGCAGCAAGGAAUCGUAUCCUUCUACGUAUUGUUAAUGCUUGUGGGUCUUUUCGUGUCGUCCAAUCUUUCGACGAAUGCUGCACCUCAACAAGGAUAUUGGAGUCAAUUUGACGAAGAAGAUCCGGAAGCAUUGAUGGAAAUUAUUACUCGACUUGGCCACACCAUGAUACGCAAUCCAGAACUUGAAAAUAGCAAACGAGGAUUGGAUCUCGGUUUGAGUCGCGGAUUCAGCGGAUCACAGGCUGCAAAACAUUUGAUGGGAUUAGCCGCGGCAAAUUAUGCCGGAGGGCCCGGUCGUCGACGUCGUUCUGAACAAGCUUAGAU